UUAAAGUCAGUGUGGUACAGCCGAUUAUACACAUUUUGCUUACCAAAUAGCAGCUUGUGUUAUCCAAACUCUCUUCAAGCAGAGGGUACCUUUUAGUCCUCCAACUCCCUUCAAGCAGAGGGUACCUUUGUAGGUCCAUUUAUUUUGUCAGCUUUUAUCUGUGCGCGCUAUCUUCUACUCGUUACCUAAAGUGAUGCUCAUUUGUUGCAGCGGAUAACUGGAUUGGAAGCAUUCGGAGUUUUUACAGGGGUUGUUGGUCUUGUUGGAUACGCUAUUGACCGCCAAGAGGCUGCAGAAACAACGGCACAGCUUAAUGAAAUACAAGGUCAGAUCAGGGCCCUGGACAGGAAGGUGGACGACUUGACACGAAGCGUCAGCGAUCUACAGCAGGGGCAGCAGUACCUUCAACAAGUCAUCCUGUAUGGCAAGGACGAACAACGGCUGAGGAACAUGCUCAACACUCUUGCUACAAUGCAAGUCAGAAAUGGACAGUAUGAGGGCAGCGAUAUUCAAGGGUGGGCAGACAGCGUCCUGAGUCAUGCUUCAGAUGGCAUCAGACAGGUACUGUUCAAUCUUGUGGACAUGGUGGAUCCUCAGUCAAAUAUCUUCAGUGGAAAAUCCCUGUUUGAAAUCUAUCAUGAGCAACUUAAGGGGGACCUGAAGAGGUAUACUGAAAAGAUGCCACAGAAAGUCGCACAAGUCUAUGGGCUUAUCGGGGGUGGAUAUAAUGCCUGGAUUGUAGCUCUGCGAAUCAAUGGGCGUGGACGUGAAAUUGCAGCCAAGGUACAAGAAGCAAAACGAAAGCUUGACAGUGUGCAACAAAAUCUGCAAAAAUAUAUUACCUACGGUGAGUUUUCAUGAUAUCAAGCCUGGUUUGUAGCAUAUAUCUUAUUAUAUAUAUUACACUUUGAUAGCCAUUUGACAUGCAUGUUAUCAUACAGAAGUUUCUCCCACAAUUUUCUUA